AUGUUCCCGUCCACGCCAAACGCCGCGCUCGGUGGCACCACGCCCGCCACAAAGAAAAGGCCGCACGAGUUGGAGCCGGAGUCCAGCUCGGCGUACUCGGACCGGCAUCCCAGCAAGGCUGCACGCACUGGCGCUGGCGGCCUUGACGGCGGCGUGUCUGACAUCAAGGAGUCCGCCACCAAGUCCGCCGCAGCCGAGGAGUCCGCCGCCGAGGAGGCCCCCACCGAGGAGGCCGUCGUCGCCGAGGAGAUCGAGUCUGCCGCUGACACCCUCAAAACCCUCGGCGCGGACGCUCUCAGCUCUGGUACAGCCGAGCAGCUGCGGGGAAUCGCGAUGUCUCUCUGGAAGCUGAAUGACACCUUCGAGCAGCGGGAGGCGGCGAGGAAGGAGGCUGCGGCUGCGGUCCCCACCGACGACACCUUUCUCGGCGCCCGCGUCCGGCUCGAGCUCGACAUCGUGGAGCAGAUUGUCCUUCAACUCCCUCCCAAGGGCAUGGGCGUCGCCGCACGCGUCAACCGGCACUUUCUGCAGGCCCUGCCCAACGACCCGCGGCGGCGCAACCUCGGCCUCGCGGUCGAUGCCGACGAGAAGGUGACGACGGAGCUGCUCUCGCAGCUGGAGCAGCAGGUGGAUCAGGUGCCAGCCCUACUCGAGCGGUCCGAGGUCGAGGACCUCCGCAGGCUGGGGUCGUUUCACCACUCGGUGCUGCACACCCUGCUCGACGACGAGAGGCUACUGAAGCUGCUCGAGGCGGCCGACUUGUCAGGUAUGAUGGCUUGGCGCAUCAUGGUCAAAGGGAAGCCAACACCUGCGUGGGCCCAGCGGAACAAGUCGGCAGUGGAGGCAGCAUUGCGUGCAAGCGACCCCUAUUCGGAUGAGAUAUUCAUCCGCCUGUGCCUGUUGUUCCGCUUGAUGCCCGCCUCUGUGGCCGAGGAGCACGUCGAGGACAUCGGCGCGGUUCUUGCGCGGAUCGCUGGGAGCUCCUGUUCGCCGCUCAUGAUCGGCAUGCUGCUGGAUCUCCUCGCAAGGCUGUCCACUCCACACCUCGCGCGCAUCCGCGCCAAGAUCGACGAGUGCUGGAGCGCAUGUCAGGCAAACCACGCGUUCAACCACCUCGCGAUCGCGCCCAAGGUGCGGGCCCUCCUCGCCCAGGCCAACGGCACGUCCAUCUGA